UCAGUCACCGUCCAGAUAAUAACAGCAGGAAGAAGUCCGGCUGGCAGCAUCAUGCCCGCUGCUGUGAUCAUGGAGGAGAACUUUGAUCAGUUAUUGGAUCAAUGUGAAGCUCAGGAGCUGGAGGCUCCAGGGGGCAUCACAACUCCCCAGGUCUACGCUCAGAUGCUAGCACUGUAUCUACUCAACAAUGACAUGAACAACGCCCGCUAUCUGUGGAAGAGGAUUCCUCAGGCCAUAAAAUCAGCUAACCCUGAGCUAGCAGCUAUCUGGGCCGUCGGCCAGCGCAUUUGGCAGAGAGACUUCCCGGGGAUCUACACGGCCAUCGCAGCCCACCAGUGGUCCGAGAAUAUCCUGCCUGUCAUGGAGGUCCUCAGAGAGAGCAGCAGGCAGCGGGCCUACAGCCUGGUGGCGCAGGCCUACACCUCCAUCACAGCCGAAGACUUUGCUGCCUUCGUGGGCUACACGGUGGAGGAGGCGGUGAAAGGUGUGGUGAGUCAAGGCUGGCAGGCCGACCCAGCAACCAGGAUGGUAAUGCCCAAGAAGCCAGACCCGCCCCCAGUGUCUGUGGUUCCUAACGAGCAGCAGCUGGCCCGCCUCACCGACUACGUGGCGUUCCUGGAGAACUGAAGGCUCCCCAGGUUCCGCCGGAGGAGAGGCCGCCGCGCCUCCUGAUGGACCGACACCCGGAUUCAUCCCAUGACCCCGCCCCCGCUCAGACGACGAUGACGAUUGGCUGUUUGCAGCUGCCUGAUUUGUAAAUAGCUCUGCUGAUUGUUGUUUCAGAUAAACAUGGAGAGAACCCAGUAGUUUCCAUCCUACUUCCUGUUUCCACCCAACUUCCUGUUUUGGCUGCUGAAUAAACGUGUUUCUGUUUCUA